AUAGUUGAGCCAAAAAAAAGAGAGUGAAAGAAAAAGGAAAAUCCUCAAAAAGCAAAUGGGGUGCGCCUCCACUAUGACUAUCAUUAUUCUCUCUUGAAAAAAGAAAUUUUCAUUAAUUUUUCUUUAAUUCAGGGAUAUUUUUCAGCUAUGGAGUUAGGUGACAACAAGAUUUUGAAUGUGGGGUUGCUUUUAGUUGCAACCCUUUUGGUAGCAAAGCUCAUAUCUGCACUAAUUAUGCCCAGAUCUAAGAAACGUUUGCCUCCAGUGGUUAAGGCAUGGCCUAUUGUUGGUGGGUUGAUCCGUUUUCUUAAAGGGCCAGUUGUGAUGCUUAGACAGGAGUAUCCAAAGCUUGGGAGUGUGUUUACUCUGAAUUUGUUGAACAAGAACAUCACAUUCUUCAUUGGUCCAGAAGUUUCUGCACAUUUUUUCAAAGCCCCAGAAACAGAUCUUAGCCAACAAGAGGUUUAUCAGUUCAAUGUGCCUACCUUUGGACCUGGUGUGGUUUUUGAUGUUGAUUAUACAAUUAGGCAGGAACAGUUCAGGUUCUUUACUGAAGCUCUCAGAGUCACUAAGUUGAAGGGCUAUGUAGAUCAGAUGGUUACAGAAGCUGAGGAAUACUUCUCGAAAUGGGGUGAGAGUGGUGAAGUAGACCUAAAAUAUGAACUGGAGCAUCUUAUCAUAUUGACAGCUAGUAGAUGUCUGUUGGGAGAAGAGGUCCGCAAUAAACUCUUUGAUGAUGUGUCUGCUCUCUUCCAUGACCUGGACAAUGGGAUGCUCCCUAUCAGUGUUAUCUUUCCCUACCUUCCAAUUCCAGCCCAUCGCCGACGUGACAAUGCCAGGAAGAAGCUAGCAGAGAUCUUUGCAAACAUCAUAAAUUCUCGAAAACGUACAGGCAAGGCAGAGAAUGAUAUGUUACAAUGCUUCAUUGACUCAAAGUACAAAGAUGGACGGCCAACAACAGAGGGUGAGAUCACAGGUCUUCUGAUUGCUGCUCUUUUCGCUGGGCAGCACACCAGUUCGAUCACUUCCACUUGGACAGGGUCAUACCUCCUCACCAACGACAAGUACAUGUCGGCUGUUGUAGAUGAACAGAAGAAUCUGAUGAAGAAACACGGGAAUAAGGUUGAUCACGAUAUCCUUUCCGAGAUGGAAGUCCUCUACAGAUGCAUAAAGGAAGCCCUCAGACUCCAUCCUCCACUGAUAAUGCUUCUGCGUAGUUCACAUAGCGAAUUCAGUGUUACAACCAGAGAAGGAAAAGAGUAUGACAUUCCCAAGGGACAUAUCGUUGCAACCUCACCUGCUUUUGCAAACAGGCUGCCACAUAUCUUCAAGAAUCCAGAUACUUACGACCCUGAUAGGUUCGGCCCUGGUAGAGAAGAAGAUAAGGCUGCAGGAGCAUUCUCAUAUAUUUCUUUUGGUGGAGGCAGACAUGGUUGUCUUGGAGAACCAUUUGCUUAUCUGCAGAUUAAAGCAAUAUGGAGUCACUUGCUGAGAAAUUUCGAGUUUGAACUGAUCUCGCCUUUCCCUGAAAUUGACUGGAACGCUAUGGUUGUCGGUGUCAAAGGGGAAGUAAUGGUGAAGUACAAGCGCCGAAAGCUCUCUGUUGAAUAAGCAGAUAACAUCUGCAUGAAUGUGGUAGUUUAAGAUCAUUUAUGUUGGUUUGUUAAACCUUAUUUCUUGUUUAAUGUUGACUUCUAUGUUUAAUGUUAGUCCUGUUUCUCUUGAAGAUUGCAAUGACUAAGAUUAUAUUA